AUGUCGCCUGACAAGGUAGGAAAGGUUCACAAAAAUCAUGUACAAUUUGGAAAAGAUGUGAAGGCGGAACCAAAGAUUCGAGCAGUUUCUCCCGCACCACCACCUCAUGAGGUAACAGCUCCACCACCGGCAUUACCAUUUGCAAUAAAAGACGAAGUUGAGCUUCUCCGUUCUGGGACGUUGAAUAAACACGGUGAUCGAGUCAAGUCACAAGCAGCAGCUCCAAAUGGUACUAAGGCAACGUGA